AUGUAUGGAAUGCUGGAUACAAUUGUCUCUGGUCAACAAGGUGCAUUUAUAAAAGGUAGAUGUAUACAAGAGCAAGUUGUACUGGCUUCAGAAAUAAUUAAUGAGCUGGAUACAAAAAGGGGAGGUGGUAAUAUAGGCUUAAAACUGGAUAUCACUCAAGCAUAUGACUCUCUGAGCUGGGAGUUUCUUUUUGAAGUAAUGAAGAGAUUUGGUUUUUUUCAAAGAUGUGUUAACUGGAUUCAUCAAUUGUUCACAUCAGCUAGAAUUUUUGUGCUAGUAAAUGGUGGCCCUGUUGGUUUUUUUGAAGUUAGCAUGGGAUUGAGAUAA